AUGGUGCGCCCACCUUGGCCAUUUGCUCUCAUUCCUUACCUUCUGUUCUCUCUUGUCGGGGCGUACGAUUGGACGAUCAACAAUGCGCCGAGUCAGUGUGGUACACUCUCUGUGUCGGUCUCGGGCACAGAUGGCCAGCCUCCGUAUAGCUUGCUUCUCAUGCCCUAUGGAGCGACACCGUUGGCGGAUAACGUCGAGGUCCGUCGAGUGGAGACUAUUCACUUCAAUACGACGAGCGAAAACCUGGAGUUUCAGAUGAGGUACCCAGCGAAUUCGCAGUUCGUAGCGGUGGUAUCCGAUCAGAGUGGGUUCGCUUCUGGAGGCACGAGUGGGGUGUGGACGGUGAAGCCCUCGACAGACAAUUCGUGCUUUGAUUCGAAGACAACAUUUCAUCCUGCUUGGCCGUACUUUUACAUCUAUCCGUCGAAUGGGAUCAAUUCGUGCGAGGUCACUGAGGUCUAUUGGAAUGCCUCCAAUCCUAAUAUCACCGGUACCCCCAACUUCAUCGGCGUCAUUCCCAACGGCAUAAGCUGGAACAUCAGCUACUCAAGCACCUUCCACAACGACACAGGCUACGGCAAUGGCAUCACCGGUUUCGACUGGACAGUCCCCGUCAACCCCGGCACAGACCUCAUCGUCAUCGCAGGCGACCAGAACUAUACAGGCUCUGGUGGUAACGUCGACUUCAAAGUUAGCCCCCCGACAGUUCCUACCAAUACGAAUUGUUAUCCGAAUAUGCCUAGUGCGACGGGCGGGACGCCCGCGGGGGGAAAUCCUGGAGCAUACUUGUCUACUUCUUUGCCUGGAUCCGAUAAAAACUCACACACAGGUGCUAUCGCAGGUGGCGUCGUGGGCGGCGUUGUAGGCAUCGCCCUCCUCUUUGGCGCUAUAUUCUUCUUCAUCCGGCGCUCGCGCCUCCGCUCCCAGAACAACAAACCUCAAUACAGCGGCCCCGUUGAUUUGGGCCUCACAUCUCCAAUGUCCGAAGCUAAUCAUACCCUUUCUAUGGGCCACGGUUCAAACUAUAACUACAACUAUAACGCCGUCCCGUUCUAUUCUCCUCCUGGGUCUCCACCGAACGGGCAACAUAGCUUCGUUGUAAUGAGGGAUUACGGCGAUAGGCCGGGGCCGGGGAUGACGGCGGAGUUGGGCUAUAUACCAUCUUCGGAACCGUACACUCACACUUCAAACGCCCGUUCACAGUCCAUCUCGUACAAUUCUGGUCCUGGAACUACGACUUCGAGCUCGGAAUAUAACAGGGAGUCGAGGCAUGGAGAGGGUGCCGUAGCGGAUCUUGGAUCGCCUACGAGGGACGGACGUGGGUUUGGUGGUACUGGUGGAAGUGGAAGUGGUGUUGGAGGAACGGUAGGUGGAAAUGCGCCGCCGCCGACGUCAAGGAAGUUACCCGUUCCGCCAAGGGCGGUGACGGUACUUCAGCACACAGAUGCGUCGGACGUCGGGUCGAGGUUUCAGGAGGAGCCGCCGGAGAUUGUGGAGGUCCCGCCUGCGUAUUCUGGGAAUCGGUUGUAGGACGUUGGUGGGAUGGUGAAUGCUGUUCGAGUGAUUUUCUUGAGAGGCCGCGUCUGCGAAAAAUUUGCUCACGUCUGUCGUUUGUUGUUUUCGUUUCGUUUUCUCACAUUUAGGUCUUGUCUUGCUUUUUCUGUGGACGUAUUUAUGGCACCUACCCAACUCCCAGUGCGAUUCCACGUCUGGAGUCUCGAACACUUUCGUUGGACGUUGCCCACUUACCUUAGCCCCCUAUACAUGUCAUUCGCCUCGUCAACGAUCCAAUUGACCACAUAUCCACCUCUUUAUGUUGUGUCCGUCACCAAACAUAGACUCAAAGUAACACUUGUUCCUUUUUGGUCUAUAUUCCGUACAGUACAUGUAUGACAUCCUCUAUCUCCUGUCUUGCUCAAUGUAAC